AUGGAAGGUGCUCUGGGUAAUCUGCUGAUCGUGUACGUGAUCAUAUCCCAAAUCCGGCUGCGCACGGGCUGUGGAUUGCUAAUCGCCAACUGUCUGGUGGCCUACACGAUACUGUGCGGCUUCAGCUUCCCCAUCGUCGGUACCAGUGUUUACCGUAAACAAUUCGGACAACCCGUAUUGGGCCCGCAAUCCUGUAAGCCUUUACAAUGGAUACAGCUCGCCUGCCGUUUUGCGGCUUACUGGUUUGACCUCUUCAUCGCCAUUAACCGUGUCGUGGCCGUGUGUUAUCCGUAUAGAUACCGCACCUUCUCCCGUCCCUGUCAUGUUAUCGUGGGGAUUGUGGGGCUAUGGUUAACGGCGUUGGCAUAUUCCAGCUUGGGAUGGUUUGAUAUUGGAGUGAAUUUCAUUAUGCUACCGCUUGGCACGUGUGCGGCGUUACCCAGUGGACGAAUGGGACAGGUUGUCCUCUAUACGGGAUUCUAUAUGCCCGGGGCUUCGACUACAGGAUUGUAUGUAUUUUUGUACGCCAUGAUUAAGAGGGGAAAACAGCAAAUUCAACCGGAAAGUGCCAGGAACCCUAGACAGCGAAAAAUUGCAUUAGCCAAUCAGAGGCGAAUGAUCACUACAAAUAUGAUGUGUGUAUCGUUCGUGUGGACGGCGGCAUGCUCGAUGAUAUUGCCGGUAACCAUCUCUCUGAUAAAAGUAGCGGAAGACGAGGUCAAGCAGCCGUUGGCUGUGAUAUGGUUAGCGGCAAUCCAGCUUCUAGGAUAUGCAGUUAAUCCGGUAGGUUGA